CUGUUCACGCGACCUGUCGGUCUAAUCAUGAAUAGCAAUUUGCAGACGAACAGUCCUGUAUGUCACGCGCCUCUCGCUCAUGCUGGGGUAAAUUGUCUCCCUUUUACGACAAUUGGCGCCAUGAUUGCCAAGUAGCUCCGUUACAGAGACCUUAGGGAAAGCCCAAGUGUAGUGAGCGGUACAUCAGGUGGCUGCUUUUGUAGAAAACAAGCUGCAGUUUUGUGUUGAUGGAAUCAAAGAAACUCCUGGAAGCAGACAUGUCGACACCAAAGUACGAGUCCAUGAACGGGGGCCUGCCGGACGAUGAUGAUGAACUCCUGGACAUCGCCACGGAGAUCGCCACGGAAACAGCCAGUACAACCAGCGCUGGCAGCAACCAACCUUUCCUAGCAUGGUUCCGACGAAAGGUUGACGCUACAGGGAUGUCGCAGGACGAUAUCAGUCUCCAGCCUUUUCUCAACUCAUGUGAGUCAUCGACCAACAUCCUUGAUUCUAGCGAGGAAACCAUGCUAGAAUUCGGCCAGUACGAUGACUUCCACACGAUAGACUGGGUCCGGGACAUUUCCCGCGACCGUCUGCGGCACAAGCAGAUCUCCAGGAAGAGUAAAGAGUCGUGUUGGGACCUGAUCAAGGGGACCCACGAUGCCUGGUCGGGGUGGCUGUGUGUGCUGUUUGUGGGCAUGGCAGCAGGUUUGUUUGCAGGCAUUGUUGACAUCGGUGCCAGCUGGAUGUCGGACCUGAAGGAAGGCAUCUGUCCCGAGGCGUUCUGGCUGAACAAGGAGCAGUGCUGCUGGGGCAGUAACGACACCACCUUCGACGACCGGAGCUGCUCGCAGUGGCUCACCUGGUCCCAACUCUUCGGCAUCCACACGGAGAACGCGGGGACGUACAUCCUGGACUACAUCAUCUACGUGCUGUGGGCGCUGUCCUUCUCCAUGAUCGCCGUCUUCCUGGUCAGAACCCUGGCGCCGUACGCCUGCGGAUCGGGGAUACCAGAGAUCAAGACCAUCCUGAGUGGUUUCAUCAUCCGAGGUUACCUGGGGAAGUGGACCCUGAUCAUCAAGUCUGUGUGCAUGAUGUUAGCGGUGUCGGCCGGCCUCAGUCUGGGGAAGGAGGGGCCGCUGGUCCACGUCGCCUGCUGCAUCGGAAACUUCUUCUCCUACUUGUUCCCAAAGUACGGCAGGAACGAGGCCAAGAAAAGAGAGAUCCUGUCAGCAGCGUCCGCAGCAGGCGUCUCCGUGGCUUUUGGUGCCCCCAUAGGGGGAGUUCUCUUCAGUCUGGAGGAGGUGAGCUACUACUUCCCAUUGAAGACAAUGUGGCGAUCGUUCUUCUGUGCCCUGGUGGCCGCUUUCAUUCUCCGCUCCAUCAAUCCAUUCGGCAACAGCCAUCUGGUGAAGUUCUAUGUGGAAUACAACACUCCCUGGUUCUUCUUCGAGCUCCUGCCAUUCAUACUGUUGGGAGUCUUUGGGGGUCUGUAUGGGGCGUUCUUCAACAAGUUCAACCUGAAGUGGUGCAGAUUCAGGAAGAAGACCAGAAUGGGGCUGUUUCCUAUUGCUGAGGUGAUGAUUGUCACAUUCAUCACAGCCUUGCUGGCAUUCCCCAAUCCCUACACGAGGGAAAACACCAGUGUUCUGAUUCAGAGAUUAUUCAAGGACUGUGGACCUGUGGAUGACUCUGAUCUGUGUGACUACAACGCAACCUACGCGCCGAACCUGAACAACCGUAGAAACCCGUACGGGGAGGCGGGGACUGGUGUACAGAACGCCAUGUGGCAGCUGUUCCUGGCACUCAUACUGAAGGGCAUCCUCACCAUCUUUACUUUCGGCAUGAAGGUACCAGCUGGUCUGUUCAUCCCGUCCAUGGCGGUGGGGGCCAUCGCUGGCAGACUCAUCGGGACAGGGGUGGAACAGCUGGCCUUUAACUUCCCUGACUGGAUCCUGUUUGACGAGGCGUGUGCGGGCGGACAGAGGUGCGUGACGCCGGGUCUCUACGCCAUGGUGGGGGCUGCGGCUGCGCUGGGAGGGGUGACCAGGAUGACGGUGUCGCUGGUGGUGAUCAUGUUUGAGUUGACGGGAGGUCUACAGUACAUCAUCCCCAUCAUGGCUGCCGUCAUGACCAGUAAAUGGGUCGGAGAUGCAUUUGGCAAGGAGGGCAUCUACGAUGCCCACAUCCACUUGAAUGGUUACCCGUUCCUGGAUGCAAAAGAAGAAUUCAAACACACAACAAUUGCUGCUGAUAUCAUGAGACCAAGGAGAGGUGACCCUCCACUGGUUGUCAUUGAACAGGACAACAUGACUGUGGAAGAACUAGAAACCCUGCUUCAGGAGGAAGACUACAACGGCUUUCCUGUGGUGGUGUCCAAGGAAACACAGCUGCUGGUCGGGUUUGUGCUGAGAAGAGACCUCAGUCUCGCACUUGAUGAGGCAAGAAAAGCCCAAGACGGUGUUGUCAGCAACUCCAGGGUCUAUUUUACGACUCAUGUCCCAGGACCGCUGGAUGUGGGGCCAAAACCCCUCAAACUCAAGAAAAUGUUAGACCAAAGUCCGUUCACCAUCACAGACCAGACUCCCAUGGAGGUGGUGAUCGACAUGUUCCGUAAACUGGGCCUGAGACAGUGCCUGGUCACGCACAAAGGACGUCUCUUAGGCAUCGCCACAAGGAAGGAUGUACGGAAACACAUCGCAACACUGGCCAAUCAGGACCCAGUUUCUGUCCAGUUCCAUUAAGCCAGACCCAACAUGACCUCUGAUUGGUCGGCUGUUGGGGAUCAUCACUAAGAAGGAUAUCCUGAGACACAUAGCCACACUGGCCAAUCAGGAUCCAGAUUCUAUCCAGUUCCUUUAAAGGAAGAAUCCAGCCCAUUGGAUAGAUGAGCAAUAGAACAGCUGUUCUGAUUGGUUCAGCUUUGGCCAAUGAAUUAAAGUGAAGAUACUCUGAGGAAAUUGAAAGGAUGUUUAUUUCCAUAUAUGGGUAAAUUCCUCAGGUGACCAUGUUUCAGCUCUGGUGGCCAUUAUUUCACCUAAUGAAAAUAUCAAUAUUCAAUUGCAAAUGUUUACCAGAAACUGUA